CCCCCCCCCCCCUCGCGGCUUGAAGAGUUUCGUCCCCACGAGCGCAGCGGCCUUGCCCGUCCCCAUUCCACCCCCAAUUCGCCCCCCGGAAAGGACGCUCGGGGGAAAGAAAGGGAGCCUGCUAGACCAUUUUCGUUCGUGUCUACCGCGUUGUUGACGCUCCCAUGUGCUGUGGCGGAUGCAGAAGUCGAAAUGGCUUGGAGUGGUGUUGGCUUGUUGAUCGUUGGCGGCAUGAGGGCUCAUGGGAUUGGCAGGAUGGGUUGCAGGUGCUUUUUUGAUAUGCCUGCAGCGUCACCGCGUUUGCAACGCUGCCGGCUCUAUUCUACUUCUUCAUUACCUGCUGAGCCCCUUUGGAUUUAGCAUCUCGCAUAAUCCUGUCCUACCUUCUUUUCCCCUUCUCCUUCUCCUUCUUUUAUUUUAUUUUGUUUUGUUUUAUAUUUUUUGGGGGACUCUUUGCCUCUUCUGUCUCAGCUCUCCUCUUCUAGAAGUGGCGUGGUAUCUACAGCCUUUGGUUUUUUUUUCUUCUUUUUUCUUUGCUUUCUUUUCUCUCUUUUCUCUCUUCCUUUACUCUUCUAUUUCCGUCUUCCAUCUUCACAUCUUCUGUAUAUCUAUUCGUAAUCCGAGGUCUUUUCUUUCUCCAGGUUAUCCCUCCGCAUGCUUCUACCCCGGGUCUGGGAUGCUGGCCGUCUCGAAUAAUACCACACUCGAAUCCCCUUGGUUGAAGGGGCCUUCGAUUUUUCUUCCACUUUUUUUCUUUCUUGGCCUUGAGUUGUGGCCACCGGGUCGGACCUAGUGUCAAGAUAUACCAAGGAAAUCAACUACUGCUGAGAUUUAUUUGACACGGGGUUCAAGACGGUGUUUCGUCCCGAUCCGACGUAUGAAGGAUGGGACGUUUAUCCAGGUGAGAUUGAGAUCCCCGCCAGUCGCAAAGACAACUCAACCGCGAACCUCCGAACCUCAUGUGUGCUGA